AAUCAAACGAUCAGGAAAUCCUGCAGAUGCUGCGGCUUGCAACCAUGCCAGAAAGCCAAAACCAGGCAUUUUUAGAACAAUCCCAUAUUGAAGAAACCGUAGUUGACGUAGAAACAAAGGUAAAUUUGGCCUCAGAAAUGGAUUCUACCAGAAAUUCAGAGGAUCAGGUCGGGGAAAUGAGAAGAGGAAUCUUAGUGAUGGCAGUGCUUAUUGCCACAGUGACAUUUGAAGUAGCUCUGAAUCCACCCGGAGAAAUUUGGCAAGAUGGGAGUUCUUCUGCUUCUGGUUUUAAUACGACUAAGAUCAUGGAUAGAAGUAUCCCGGGCAAAUCGGUUGCCGACGACAGGGUUCCAAGCAGCCUGACAUGUUUUCUAGUAUGGGACUCAAUUGGGUUUCUGGCGUCCAUGAGCAUUAUUGUGGCAUUGACAACUCCCUGUAAGCUAGAGGGAAGUUUGAUUAGGUGGGUGUACGUCCGCUUGAUGAUGUGGGUGGUGAUUGUCUCCGUUCACAUGGUGUUCCUCUACGGUGUUCAGAUGACUACACCGACCAAGAUUUUCCGGCGAGCAGUGAUAGCGCCUUUUGCAUUUUUCUAUGGAGUUGUAGGGUUGCUAGCAUUGCGGACCGGAUUUUCUAUGGUCGAUCGGUGGGGAUACAUGAUUAAUGUGUUCCGCAAGAAGAAGAACACUUAAGCUGCAAAAAGACUACAUUUAUUGGUAAGAGUUGAAUUAUUAUCUAGUAAUCCUGAAAUUUACCCCAAAAAAUCUAGGAAGAAACAAAUCUUAAUUUU